GAGGGGUGUCUUGAAACCGACAGCACAUUAUUGUCUGUGUGCCGUGAUUUAGAUCAAACCUCGUAGUGUGCAGAGUACGGGCAAUACGCGAGGCAGCGCGGAGAACAACGGGAUUUUGUAACAUGAGGAUAAUUUUGUUAUUUUUACAAACGUUUGCUGUAUGUAGUACUCCACACUAGAAGUCAUUGGUCUGAAUCCGUUACGACUCAAGGACAGUAACUAAAAGAGAAACAGCUGCAAAUAUUCAGGACGUGGAUAAUCCUGUGGAAAACUUGAAGAGUUUUUUGUUGAACGGAUUUCUGAGUGUUUGCUCUCAAAGAUGAUAUUCUGUUAAAAGACUCUACUGUGAGAUUGUUCUGCAGUUAAUAACAUUUGUAUCGUUUGGUUGACUGUGAGACGCGACGCGAAAGAAGCCUGCACAGAGCAUUCGUUUAAUUUUCCAACCCGCAAAUAGAUUUCCCCUGAACGUCCAUUUGAGUAACAUGCGCGUGUGGAGACCACGAGCAGCCUUCCGCCGUGUUGCUUGAGAAGCGCAGCGCGAGGACAGCAGAAGAAUUUUAAUCUUAUUUGAUCAGAAAACGCCGGGGAAAGUUUUUCCCCUCUCAACAUCUGAAAGACUCUUUUAUCCACACUUGGAUACGCGGGCAACUCGUUUUUCCAACCAAGUGAGAACUUGAAGUUUCGAUUUUUUUUUAAUUAUCGAACAUGGCGGUAUCGAAUGACUGGGUACAAGCGAGUGGACUAGUUGUUGCCCUGGUUUGCUUAAUUGUGCAGCCGUGUUCCGGACAGUAUCAUGGAGAGAAGGGCAUCUCCAUUCCAGAGCACGGCUUUUGCCAGCCGAUUUCCAUACCACUGUGCACAGACAUUGCUUACAACCAAACCAUUAUGCCGAAUCUUUUGGGUCACACGAACCAGGAAGACGCCGGCCUCGAAGUGCACCAGUUUUACCCCCUGGUUAAAGUGCAGUGUUCCAUGGACUUGAAAUUUUUCUUGUGCUCCAUGUACGCCCCGGUGUGCACCGUGCUGGAGCAGGCGAUACCGCCGUGUCGCUCGCUGUGUGAGCGGGCCAGGCAGGGGUGCGAGGCGCUGAUGAACAAAUUUGGCUUCCAGUGGCCCGAACGGCUCCGCUGCGAGAAUUUCCCCGUUCACGGAGCUGGCGAGAUCUGUGUGGGACAGAACACCUCGGACACCGGGAGCCCUACAUCCGACCCGACGCCUUUCAAGCCGGAAUUAAUCACACUGCCAACCUUCGUGCGCCCCGGCCACCAGUUCUCCUGCCCCCUCCAGCUCGAGGUGCCCCCAUAUCUGAAUUACUACUUCAUGGGAGUUAAAGACUGCGGGGCCCCGUGCGAGCCCACCAGACCCAAUGGCCUUAUGUACUUUCGGGAGGAGGAGGUUAAGUUCGGCCGGCUCUGGGUGGGUAUUUGGUCUAUUUUGUGCUGUGUGAGUACUCUUUUUACGGUGCUCACCUAUCUAGUGGACAUGAGGCGUUUCCGCUACCCCGAGAGGUGCAUCAUCUUCCUGUCUGGUUGCUACUUUAUGGUGGCGGUGGCUUAUGCUGCGGGAUUCUUCCUCGAGGAUAAAGUUGUGUGCAUUGACAAAUUUAACGACGACGGCUACAAAACCGUCGCCCAGGGCACCAAGAAGGAAGGGUGCACCAUUCUUUUCAUGAUCCUGUAUUUUUUCGGGAUGGCGAGCUCCAUUUGGUGGGUCCUCCUCUCGCUCACAUGGUUCCUCUCAGCGGGCAUGAAGUGGGGUCAUGAGGCCAUCGAGGCUAACUCUCAGUACUUCCACCUCGCAGCGUGGGCAGUGCCCGCGGUCAAGACCAUCACCAUCCUCGCCAUGGGCCAGGUGGACGGAGACAUCCUGACCGGCGUCUGCUACGUGGGCAUCUACAACGUGGACUCUUUGCGCGGCUUCGUCCUCGCGCCCCUCUUCGUCUACCUCUUCAUUGGCACGUCGUUCCUGCUUGCGGGCUUCGUGUCCCUGUUCCGCAUCAGAACCAUCAUGAAACACGACGGCACGAAGACGGAAAAGUUGGAGAAACUGAUGGUGCGCAUUGGGGUGUUUAGCGUUCUGUACACCGUCCCGGCCACGAUAGUAAUCGCCUGCUACUUUUACGAACAGGCUUUCCGUCCCCAGUGGGAGAAAACCUGGAACAUGCAGACGUGCAAGCGCUUCGCCGUGCCGUGCCCAGCACCCAACUUUGCGCCGAUGACCCCGGACUUUACCGUUUUUAUGAUUAAGUACCUCAUGACAAUGAUCGUGGGCAUCACCUCCGGCUUCUGGAUAUGGUCCGGGAAAACGCUGCAGUCCUGGUGCCGAUUCUACAAGAGACUCAGCAACAGCAACCAGGGAGAGACCACUGUAUGAGCCGCAAGAGUAGUGUCUUCAUUCAGGUUGUAACCUCUCGAGGUUCACUUCGUCUACAAAAAUCAAUCUCGGAGCCAUCCACACACGGACCCCAUACUCUAAACGGGGAAGUUGGGUCAGGACGAUAGCAAAACGCGGCACACACACCGGAGAAGAAUCAAACAUGCAAACUAAGCUGAUUUUGCUCAUUCAAGUUUCAUGUAGAGGAAUGAAAGGCUAUGGACACUUUAACGUGCCACGGUGUUUGGUUUUCUGUUAUGUAUUUUCUAAAACUUCUGACCACCAGGCCAGAAGAAACAUUCAUUGUUAUUCAAAUCUGUCUUAAUUAUUUGUUGUAUAACGUUUAUAUUCUUUAAAAACAGGACGGUAUAUUUUGACUUUGUAUCACGAAACAAGAUUCACAGGGGUUGUCUGUAGUUUUAUAAAAUAAAUAGACAAUUGCAUUUCAUUUAGUUCUGCUAAGGGCAUGACAUGCGCACAGUCAGUUCAACAGUAUGUGCGAUCCUUGCCCAGAAAACAGAAUGUUUGCCUUAUACGUCUUUUUGUUUAUUUGGCAAAAGUGUUCGAGUUUCGCAGCCACCUACCGACAAUCAUGCAUACCUCUACAAACGGACAUACUGCUCACGUGUGUCCAGAAUCCAGAUAGUAUUAUGCAUGUGUACAGCUGUGAGAUUAUGCAAGCUACUUUUAAACAACAUAUUGUAAAUACUCACAUUUUCUCAAAGAAUAUAUGUAUUUAUGAAAAUAAUCUUGCUGUUUUUUACUUGAUUUUCAAAAAUGCGGUAAGAUACCAUUUGUAUAUGUACAGUGUCACUGAAUAAAACAAUUAGAUUUUUAAAACGCUUUUAAA